AUGCCUGCAAUUGAAGACUGGAAAAUACGACCACUCAGAACCAUUCAAAAGAUAUUCGAGGAAAAUGAAGGUUCUUCCCAUGAGACCAUUGUUGCCAAAAUUGAAGAAUACUUUUCUCAAGUAUUGGAAGCUGACUCAGUCUUACAGGUUCCUUCAUUGAACAGUGUUCCUUUGGAUCAGCUGCCUUCAGGAAUUUUAGUGAAAUACCGCUGCAUGAUCCAGGAUGUGUUUGAUCCGCAGUUUUGCUACAGUCAGUAUAAAGUGACAAAUUCUGAAACCAAGACGACUCGAACUGAGUAUGGUUUAUAUCGUGACAUUUCUGACCUAAGCCCGAAUGAAACCAUUGAUUUCAAUAGCAGAGAGAGUGUCACUGUAGAGAGACAAGGAUUUUAUUGUGUCCCCAUUCCUGGCGAAUCAGAAUGGGUCAAACAAAUAUCCUUAUUUAAGCCUUUCUUAUUUUAUUUCUUCAAUUUAGCAUCAGGCACUUCAGGCAGACCAAAACGUGGACGUGGGGAUGAUGAUGAGCCUAGCGACUCUGAUACUGUACAGAAAUCUUUCAAAGAUGAAAAGGUGAAAACAGAUAAUGUGGAGGUGGAGAACAGCACACCAUCUACACACACAGAAGCUCAUUCUGUGAGAACAGCACCACAGGUUGUGAAUAUGAAUCUGCCUUUACCAAAUGAGAGUGGUGUGCCUUGUAUUUUGAGAGUUUACUCUAGAAAUGUGGAGCUGAAAACAACAGAUGCGAUAGAAGUCAUUGGCAUUCUAUCAGUGGAUCCACAGUUGGCUUGUAUCUAUGAUGAGGAUUCUCACAUUGAUAUAUCAGAACGUGAUGAACUACAGGCUCAUGAACCUCCACCUUCUUUGGUGCCGCGUCUUCAUGCACUGGUCAUCAAACAUCUCCAUCACAACAACCCUGAACUGUGUCCAAAUCCAGCUUCAGAGAAAUAUAAGCUAGAUGUUACUCAGUUGAUGGAAGAUGCUGGCUCACUUCAUGUAGAAUUGCUGUCUGUUAUUGAGCAUGCACUUUUGGGUGAUAAACUUGCUGCAGAACAUCUUUUGUGCAACAUUGUCUCGAGUGUCUAUGCUCGAGCUGAUGGCCUGGCACUUGGAAAAUUGUCCAUAAACAUCAGUGGGUGCCCUCUGGUGCAGCGGUAUCCAGCAUUGUUGCAUCAUCUUAUCUCACAGCUUAUUCCACAG